UGUACAGUGAAGUACAUCCGUGAGGUCUCGCCGCUCUUCAAGAAGCCGUCGCUGGUCGCCGACCUGCCGUGGGACGGCAUCCGGCCGCAGUCGCCCAGCUACAGCGGCAGCGAGGACUCGGGCUCCCCCAAACACAGCAGCUCCUCCUCCAGCUCCAAAGACCGGAAGGUCAUCAGCCUGAAGAUGUGCUUCAUCAGCAGGAACCUCACCAUGCCGGACCUGGAAAACAGGCUGUUGGAGCUCCACUCCCCAGACGGCCAGCACACGGUGGUGCUGCGCUGUAAAGACGGAGCCACCGCCAACUCCUGGUUCACCGCCAUCCACACCAACAUCGCCGCCCUCCUCCCUCAGACCCUGGCGCACAUCAACGCCUACCUGGGGGCCUCGUCAGCAGCCUCCACGCACCCUCACCUCAAACACAUCGGCUGGCUGGCUGAACAGGCAAGUUCUGCUCAAAAAAUGCACAAUGCACACGUCCAGCUGGAAGGCGGGCGGCAGCAGCACCGGCCGGUGGUCAUGGCGCUGACGGAGAAGGACAUCCUGCUGUUUGAAUCGGUGCCAUGGAGCAGAGAGUCCUGGUCCGGGCCUCUGCUCACACACCCACUGCUGGCCACCAGCUCCCCCUCUCAAGGCUCCGACCUGGUGUUCGCCACCCGCACGGGGACGGGGCGGGGCAUCGAGUCCCACAUCUUCAGAGUGGAGACCCACUGGGACCUGUCCUCCUGGACGCGAGCGCUGGUGCAGGGGGCGCACGCCGCCGCCGAGCUCAUCAAAGAAGUCUCCAUUGGGUGCACGUUGAACCGGCAGGACGUGCGGCUGACGCUGCACUAUGAGAAGGGCUUCACUGUGACCAGGGAGCCGGCCGACCCUACGGGGGGCGCCGUGCUCUACAGAUACCCCUACGAGAAGCUCAAAAUGUCCGCCGACGACGGAAUACGCAACCUCUACCUUGACUUUGGUGGUCCAGAAGGGGAAAUGGUGUUCGACCUCCACUCGGGUCCAAAGCCGGUGGUGUUUGUCCUCCACUCCUUCCUGUCGGCCAAACUCACCCGCAUGGGUCUCCUGACGUGAGGCCACCAACAAUGGCAGCGCGAGCACGAGGAUUUCUUUUUCCAUUUCUCUUUCUUUUCCAAUUUCCUCAUUCACCGCUGAAGUUAGGACUGAGGUGGCGCUGCGGCGACACUUUUACCCACCAGUCUCUUCGUCGAUUGUCUCAGCACCGUGCCUUCCAGCUGCCCCUUGGCCUCCGGCGGCCGUUUGCACUGCGAGGCGAGGUCAACAGGGAGGGGCGCUUAGCUUCAAGCCUCCAGGUUGAAGACGAUUACUUCAACGAGCAAAAAAAAAAAGAUAGCUGUUAGCGGCCUCGUAACAUUCCACGUGGCGUUUUGAAUCUCUGUACGAUCAGCUGAUGUGACAACAGACGGGAUCUGAGUUACCGAAAGAUGGGCUUUGUAGGUAGUUACCACACAGCUGAGCAUGUUUUAACUAUGCCUAUCACCCCGUGACAGCCUUCCAGUGUACUCUGGGCUCUUUUUAAUGUCCGUCUCUGUGUGCGAGCACGUAGAGCCGCGGUUCACCCGGGCAGAGACGGCGUGAGUGAGGAACGAUCCGUGUGAGCGAGGGGCGUCUCUUUACUGCACGCUUCUGUCUGCUAGCUAGUGUGUCUGCACAUCAUCCCAAACCACUGCUGCAAUCAGGGUCGCCGACUGUGCCUUUUUACACGUAGUGAACAACACUCUUUCUAACGUUCGUUUUUUUAUUUCACGUAAUAAGAGGAUUGAAGCUUUGAACAUGCACAAGCAAUAGUAUUACUCCUAUAUUGGAAAUCAUGUUCCUGUGUUUGUUUUUUGUAAGUGUUUGUCUCCUGAUGACAUGACUUCCAGAAGCUGAGCUCCGUCAGUUGAUGAUAUAAAGACGGGACAGUCUGUUACUUCCCCUGCGUCACCCAGACUUUCACAUACUUUCAGUCUUCAUGUUUCUAUCCACUUUACUAGAGUUUACCUGUCUCAUUUCCAUCCGCACGACAGCCUCUCUCUGACAGAGGACGGUUCAACAGGUUGUCCUAAAGGUGGGCCUUCACACGAUGGAGCGACCGACGUAUUUUCAUAACCGCUCACCUCCCCGUAACCCUGCAGUGACUUUCAACACAAUGCCUUUAAGCCUGUCUUGGCCUUUUGUUUCCAUCAUCACCAAAAAAAGAAAACCCAAAUUAAGAUACUUCCUCUGUUUAGAUUGAGAACAAAAAUAGGUUGAAAAAAUCUAAAGCUGUCCUCUUCAAAGAUCGAUCCUUUGUCAGGUAAUCAUUGGUCACAAACUGCAAAAUACAUCCUCAAAAUUGUGUUUUUUUAAGGUAAUUUCCCUUUGUUUAUUUGAAUUAGACCGGCCAAGGUAUGUGAUCAUUGCUGAAAUGAUCUAACCUAAAACAAGUGAAAAAUUAUAUAUUCGUAUUAAUUUUUAAAUAAAUCUGGAUUGAUAUAUUUUGUCCGUAAAGUGACCUCAGUUUAAGUUAUAUAGUCAGAAAACCAAAGAAAGUCCGAAACAGUCAUCCCCUUAAGAAGUUUUCAACCUCAUUUCACUGUCUUCAUGGAUGUAGCAAAAGUUAUUUUUUCCCUUUUAAAGUUCCAAGAAAAAUGUGAUACUGGAUUACUAUCUCAGGUUUAGAAUUAAACUAAAAUUACUUAAUUUACUCUUUAAGUUUAUUAUUUUUCAUUUUUAUAAACCAGCUUAAAUUAUUCUUCAACCAUAAAAUAUUGACUUAAGUCAAUUUCUCAUAUUUCCUUCAUUCCACACAGUAUCAGGGAAAAUCUAACGUAUUUAUUCAAAGGGACCUAAAACAUUUGGCAGAAGUUGUCAAAUGGCAGUUGAAACAUUAGCUUUGCUGCUAAGUUUGCUUCCAGCAAGAUAUCUUUACAUAGUCUGCACCAGAUAAGCUUUAGAUCUCAAUUAAUGCAAAUAAAGUAUCCCAAAUCAAGUUUUUAGCUAAUCUUUUUUCUUUCUUUCUAGAAAUGUUUGGUUAACUAAAAACAUAUUAUUAUGUUGAGCAGUUUUUACUUGGAGGGAAAUUAUUGAUAUUCUCAGUUUUAAAAUACUACCUGCGAAUAUGGUUGAUUUAUUUUUAUUAAUGAAAAUGGUACAUCUAAAGCACCAUUUCUUUUUAGAUAAACUUGCUGCUAAAUCAUUAUGAAUAAUGCUAUUUUCUGGCCUUUUUAUGGCUGCAGGUUCUUUCAGUUCUUAUUUUGUCAGGAUGAUACACAGUGAAGACAGCAAAAUGUUGUUGAAAGCUCUGAAAAAAGAUUGGUGAAGAUCAUUUAGGAAAUAAAUUAAUGUUGAGAAUAUGUUUCAUAGAUUUGUUUGAAUCCCUAAUUUAUGCCAAUUUUCCUUUCAAACUGAGGUGACUUAAUCACAGCCAUAAACUGAAAACAGCUCCCUCCCCUUCAUUUGUAUCUUGUCUAUCGUGAUCAACCCAUUUUCACUUGCUGAUUCAUAUUGAGUUACAGAUCAGCAGAGGCUCUGUACCACUCAAACAAUGCCCCAUUGUGUCCACUGACCAUGAAACUAAUAAAAAAAACAAGAAAACCCUUCUGUGCUUGGACGAGGAACACAGUCUCCCAUCUGAAUGACCUCUAUCUUCUUUUGGACUGGAUGUCCUUUCAGUUGUUGGAACACAUUUCCGCCGCGCUCGUGUUGAAGUGAAAAUAUAAUUUUGUGUAGUUUCGGUUUCAGUGCUCACAUUAAAGCAGAAGUAGGUUCCGCUUUCCUUUAAACAUCACAUUCACGUGGGAGACUUGAGGAGUAUUUAGCUCAGUUAAUGUUAGUUCCUGCUAAAUCUAACAAUGUUUUAACAAAGCUCUUAAUAUCAUGUCCAUCAUGUUACUGCGGUGUGAACCGAGUCUGUCUAACCUAAACAAGCUGCAGGCCGUCCCACUUUUAAUUCAGUGCACUAACCUAUCAGGCCCCUUUUGAACCUGUGAAUGUACACCUUUAAUCUCAUUCCCUUCUCUCUUUUAAAUUGUGGCUCCUCUGUCUAUGCAAAGCAACGCUUCAAAGAAGGGGUUUUUGGAACCAAAGGUAUUAUCUGUGGCAGCUUGCGUCCUACACAAUCAUGAAACUGAAAGUAACAGGAGGAUAAAGUGCUGCUGCAACAAUUUGUUAUAUGCAAAGUAUUUUAGACUUUCUUUGAAAACACAGUAUACAAUGUAUGAUAGCAAUGUAGUUGUCUCAAAUGUAAAUACCUAUCAAUAAAAAUGUUAAGAGUUAGACAAGUGUCACUCUCUUGUUUAGGCAAACUUCAAACGAUGUAAGAUAAAAAUGCUGAACAUCUAGACACUUUUUCAGAAACUAUUUUUCAACAGUCCAUUUUUGUAUUUGAUAUUUCAUUUCUAGUGCACUACACA